UGAUGUCAUGGAGGCUGCACUGAUGCUGUUGCUGAUGCUGUUGCCCGGCGCCUUGUAUCCGUGCAGCCAGACAGCGGUAACCGGUCCAACCGUCAGCAGCAGAGAAGAAGACAGGGAGAGAGGGGGAUUGAGAAGGAUCUUCAGCUUCCCUGGAGAGUUACAUACGCAGUGAGAAGAUGACUCUGGCAGCCUACAAAGAGAAGGUUAAAGAGCUCCCCCUGGUGUCUCUAUUCUGCGCCUGCCUAAACCCACAGACUGCAGAAAAAACAACAUACAAGGCAGAAGAUGCAGUGGACCUGGGUUGGUGCGUCAUCAAAGAUGUGGAGGUGAUUGAGAUAAACAAACGGGCUUCGGGCCAGGCCUUCGAGGUCAUCCUUAAGCCCCCCUCCUUUGACGGCGUGCCAGAGCUCAAUACUUCUAUGCCACAGCGCCGUGACCCGUCCCUGGAGGAGAUCCAGAAGAAGCUGGAGGCUGCGGAGGAAAGGCGGAAGUGCCAGGAGGCUGAGCUGCUGAAGCACCUGGCCGAGAAGAGGGAGCAUGAGCGAGAGGUGAUCCAGAAGGCGUUUGAGGAGAACAACAACUUCAUCAAGAAUGCCAAGGAAAAGCUCGAGCAGAAGAUGGAGGCCAACAAGGAGAACCGGGAGGCUCUGCUCGCCGCCAUGCUGGAGAGGCUGCAGGAGAAGGAUAAGCACGCAGAAGAAGUGAGGAAGAACAAGGAGAUGAAGGAGGAAGCCUGCCGAUAGAUGAGAUCAGCUGGGGAAGACAAAAGAGAACGAGGUGGACUGGGGACUUUCAAAGAUGGUAAAAAAAAAAAAAUCAAAGCAGUGCAGGAAAGAAAAAAAAAAGAACUCAAUAACUGG